UGCAUUUUUGACAGACCACAUUUUCAUUACACUUCUAUAUUCAGACCUGAGCGUCUGAUUACACCGAUAGCACAUCAGCAUUUAUUUUAUCCAGACGGCUGCACUUGUGAUUGGAGUCCUGCCGCGUGUUUGUGGUUCAAAGAUACACCCAAACUUAUUGAAUCUUCUAAAGGACAGCCAGGUGGUGGCCGUUGGACUUGGGCGACUUGUGCGCGCCAACGAUUAUCCGGGCCAUAACAGCUGAAGAAAAGGAGAUCAACUCCAGCAUGAUUGAGAGUAGAUCAAGUACGCAAUUCUUCCACCUGCAACCAGCUACCAAUGGAAACGUGUCGACUCGGAGGAGUUCGCUUCCUGAUCACAGCCUUUCAUCCCCAACUCUAAACUGCUCUCCAGCGUACAUCAAAGGUGGAUUCAGCCACCGCCGCGCUUCAUCUGAUGCUGCUGGAUCAUCAUCCCUAGCCUGUCGAGCCGUUCAGCCAACCCGCUUUCUUGAGCGAAAAGGACCAAAACCUUUCACUCAGACUCCUAUGUCUCUAGAAGCCCUCCAAACCUGCUUAACUUCGCUGACACCGAGCACAGGUUGCACGAUGCCAGAGGACGAAGUACAGGGCCUCACCCUUCUUGAAAGUUUACAUGCUUCGCGGCUGCCUGGUUUAUCUCAAGAUCAAAAUCAUGAAUGUUCAAGUCGGGUAUCCAUCUAUCGUGAAGAGUCGAUGAUGAAGUAUUGGCUAUCUCGAAAGCCUCACACGCUCGCUCACAAAUCACCUCUUCAAUCUAUCGACGACAUCAAAGAUGACGGUGAAAUGUGUCUCCCACUGGACCGGAUGAGCCUUGCACUUUUUGACUUUGCAUCAACCCCGAAUCGACCACGAACGCCGCCGUCUAACAAUGCACCGCUGCCGGCUGAGAGAAAUGGCGGAAAAAGUUGGCGACUUGUUUCAUGUGACUCACUCUCAACUCUCUCAAUCAGCUUGGAUGAAUUGCUCAGUGAAGAUGACGUGGCAACACCCUCGAGGAUGAGCCUUCACGAUAAUAAUUCGGCGCCAUCAAAAAAUUCAGCAUAUCCAUUGAUACAAGAUCACACCGUUCGCAAGACAUACGCAUCGAAACCUGCUCGCUCGUUUGCCUCUCGAAGUCCGUGGCAUGGUGAAAACCCAAAAUAUAGAUCAAGGCUUUGGGAUCAUCUCCUAGCAAUAAAGUUCGUUGGUGGAAUUCUAGUGAAACUCCGAGCACUGAUUCGGAAGCGAGGCGAAUUGACGAAAAGGAAUCGUAUGAAAGGGGAAAAGUGUCAAUUCCGGUGAACGCGGGCGAAUAUCCAUUUCCGAGGAUGAAUCGUAUUGAAAAGAAGAAAACGAAGGGUUUUGUUCACAUGCCUGGAUCACAAAUUUCCAUCAACUUUGAAUGAUUAUGAGGAGGAUAUAUAUGUAAUUGCAAUUCUGUUCUCUUUUUUCUUCGCUGUUAUACCACUUCACAUGCACCUCAUAAGAACACUUAACUUUUUUGUCCGAAUCUUGUUUUGUAUGCCACCCAUAUCCUAUUUCAAUUGGAUUGUAACUUUGAUCAAAUGAGUGAAAUGAAGACAAUUAGAUGCUGUCUUAUGGG